AAUGACUGCUGCUACGCACUGCGGCAUGGACAUCGACCCUUACUUUCCGCCCGCCGCGGCGGCCGCUGCCAUCGCUCUCUGCGUUGCUCUGCACCUCCUUUUCAGCUUCCGGAGACGAUCGUUGCGCCUCCCCUUGCCGCCUGGCCCCCGAGGGCUCCCCAUCCUGGGCGCCCUCCACCUGGUCGACGCCCACGCGCACGUCAGCCUCGCUCGCCUUGCCGCCCGCCACGGCCCUGUUAUGUUCCUCCGCUUGGGCUCCCACGGCUGCGUCGUUGCUUCAGAUUCCGCCGCCGCCGGAUGUUUCCUCAAGGCACUCGACCUUCAGUUUGCCAACCGCCCCGACAUCUUCAGCGCCCGCGACAUCAGCUACAACCGCCAGAACCUCGUCAUGGCCGACUACACGCCCACGUGGAAGCUCCUCCGUCGCGCCUGCACCCUCCACUUCCUCGGCGGCAAGGCCCUCGCCGAAUGGGGCGGCGUCCGCCGCCGCGAGAUCGCCCUCAUGGUUCGGUCCCUGCGCGCCCAGGCGGGCCCCGUGGCGCUUCCGGACGUGCUGGUGUGCGCGCUGGCCAACGUGAUCGGCGUGGUCGUGAUGAGCAAGCGAGUGUUCGACUCGCAGGGAGAGGAGUCGAACCGGUUCAAGGAGAUGGUGCUGGCGGUGGCCACCGGCGGGGGGCAGUUCAACUUGGGAGAUUUCUUCCCGGCGAUCGCGUGGAUGGACCUGCAGGGGAUACAGGGAAAGAUGAAGCGGGCGCAGGUGGCGUUCGACGAGAUACUAACGAAGCUACUGGCGGAGCACGAGGCGAGGAAGGAGGAACGGGAGCGCGAGGGGCGGCCGGACUUCCUCGACAAGAUCAUGAACGGCACAAAGGACGGCGAGGUCCUCACAGAUGCCAACAUCAGGUCGCUCAUCAUUGACCUGUUCGUGGCCGGCACCGACACCACGGCCAUCGUCGUCGAAUGGGCGAUCGCCGAGAUGCUGAAGAAGCCGUCCAUCCUGAAGCGAGCGCAGGAGGAGGCCGACGCCGCCGUCGGCCACGGUCGCCUGCUGCAAGAGUCCGACAUCCCCAACCUUCCCUUCCUUCACGCCAUCUGCAAGGAGGCGCUGCGCCUUCACCCGCCCACGCCGCUCGCCCUCCCCCACUUCUCCUACGAGCCCUGCGAGGUCAACGGCUUCCACGUCCCCGCCAACACCCGCCUCCUCGUCAACAUCUGGGCCAUCGGCCGCGACCCGGGGGUCUGGCCCGACCCGCUCCGGUUCGACCCGGACCGGUUCCUGGGCCAGCGGGCAGCCAAGUACGAUCCGCUGGGGAGCGACUUCGAGUUCAUCCCGUUCGGCGCAGGCCGGAGGGUGUGCACCGGCAAGGCAGCGGCCAUGUUGCUGCUGCAGUACAUCCUCGGCGUCCUGGUCCACGCCUUUGAUUGGAGGCUGCCGGAGGGGGAGAAGCUCGACAUGGAGGAGAAGCACGGACUCACGACGCCCAAGCUGGUGCCGCUCAAGGCAUUGUUGACUCCACGGUUGUCGCCGGCGGCCUACGACGCCGCCUGAGCUGUACUUUGUGCUCCCCUUAUAUAUAAAUAAUAAGCUACAAUUUUUUGCAUUUGGUAUGCAAAAAAUUAAAUGGGAUGCAGAAUUAUAUAUGAUAUAAAGAUCAAUUUGAGUUUAGUACUAUAAAUUUAUGAUUAAGAUGAAACAUUGAAUUAUUAGUGAUUUUAUGCCAAUUCUAAAGACAAUUUUUUGUUUUUGGAAGCCAUUAAA